AUGACUGUUAAUGGUGUGAUGGAACUUCUGUCAGCUCUGGAUUCUCUCAAACAUCUCAAGCGUACUGGUUGGAUUAAAAUGGGGGUCCCAGAACCAGAAACUGUCGCUUGUCACAUGUAUCGGAUGGCCGUAUUAGCAAUGUCUUUGGAAGGACAGAUUGAAGGACUUGAUGUGGGUCGCACGGUAACUAUGAGUUUGGUGCAUGAUUUAGCCGAAGCCAUCGUAGGCGACAUAACUCCUUACUGUUCCAUUAGUACCGAGGAGAAACACGACCUUGAAAAUAAGGCAUGUACUAUUGCAAUUCACAAAAUUGCAGCGUAUGUGCCAAUGGCUGCUGUUGGUGAACAGUGGAUUGAGCAGUGGAAAGAAUAUGAGGCUCAGGAAACUUUAGAGGCAAAGGUUGUUAAGCACCUGGACAAAUUUGACAUGGUGGCGCAAGCGUUUGAAUAUGAGCGAAAGUAUGGACUGGAUUUGGAGCAGUUUUUCGAGUCGACAAAGACAGCGUUUACAAUCGCACCAUUUGUGGAAUGGGACCGCGAGCUUCGAAUUCGGCGUGAUCUGUGGCUGCAGAGAAAACAAUAG